AUGGACAACCCACGUCCCUCGACGCCCGCUCGUAGUCAGAGCAGCGGGGCAUCCCCGCUGCUCGCAACCCACUCGAUCACACAAACCGCUUCCGACCCUGUCAAUGCUGUCUCACCGUCCCAGUCUAGGGAUGUCGCUUGCGAGGCUUUGUUCGGGGGUCACACUGCAGACGCGGACCGACUAGACAGUAAAGGGCCCAACGAUGACACAGGCAGCGCCCCGCCUACCGCUUCGAGCCCGUCUCGAGAGGCAUUUGCACAGCUGCAUCCAUCAGGCUCCAACCGACAGUCCGAGACUGCCGCCUACACCGCCGCCGCUGCCGCUCGAGACCGCAGCCUAGACAAACAUGGCCGAUUCGAAGCCGAUUCCGACCCCAAUGCACGCACUUCCAUCGGCUCCUCGACAUCUCCCGCAACGCUCCUCAAGACCCUGCCGGAAGCAGCAUCCAAGACGCUCGAGACCACAAUCACAGCGCCGGCGCGCACUUUCGAUGCCAUCAAGUCCAAGCUGCAGACACCUAGCACAACGCAAAAGAGCAAGAGCGAGAUCCCCAACGCCAUCAGCGAGGUCGAACGCGACAUGAGCGGCAAUCGCGACGCACCCGGCGCCUUUGCAGAAAGCGCAGACCCCUCGACUCCAUCUCCUCCUCAUGCAGCAACCCAAAAGAAGCCCACCAAGUCCGGCUCGUUCACCUCCUUCCUCCGUGGCCGCAACAACGCUUCCAACUCUACCUCGGCGCGCAAGUCACUGCGUAAGAAGGGUGCAUUGCAGGAAGCAUCGAAGACAGGCGACAACCCGGUUCCCCACGAGGAGGAGGAAGAGGACGAGGAGGUCGUCCGUCAGAGGAUCAAGGAUCAGCAGAAGCGUCUCGAGGAUUUGGAAGAGGCACAGACACUCGGACUGCUUCGUACGCAGCAGGAGGCAGGCAUCGAGCCUCCUGCGUCUCUCGCAUCUCCCACCAAGCCCUCGAAGCUGAUUGGACUGCCUCGCUUCGGCCACAUCAACGGCUCGCCAAACGCUGCGGACGACGAGUCGGACCAUGCCGAGGGCUCGUCGUCGCGCAGGAGCAGCUUUCAUCUUCGCAGGGGCCGCAAGAUGGAGCGCGAUCAGUCCAGUGCGGCCGCAAAGGUCGAGAACGACCGACAUACAUCGGACUCAGCAGGUCUUCGUCGAGCCAACUCCGAAAAGCUCAAGUCCGGCCGUUCUUCCAGUCGCGGUCGCAGUGCACCACCACGCUCCGCUUCGGCCUCGCGCACGGGGCGCAGCCGCAGCAGACGACGCAACGAUGACCACGGUGAUACUCCUCGCCGAGCCGGCUCUGGCAAGUUUGCGCCACCACGUCGCUCGUCCACCACGUGGGCCUCGAAGCUGCGCACCAAGAUCCCCAUCAAAGAGUUCCCGCUCCAGGGUAGUGGGCGCGAGUCGGAAUUCAAUCAAGAGUGCCCCAUCUGGGCGCGACAGCCGUACAAGUAUCUCUACUUCACCUACUUUGGCCUCAGUGUCGGCUUCUACUACCUUCCACGAUGGGCGCUCUCGUCCAUGGUCCCUUCGCACCGCGGACGCCGCGACUGGAGCUGGAAAAAGGCCACCAUGGUCAAGCUCUACCGCCACGGCACGCAGCUCACCUUUCGAACACGCACCAGUCUCGGACGCGAUCUGCAGAAGGAGGUUCCGCACAGCAAGACGGUCCGCUGCAAGUUCACCUGGGUCGAGCCGGUGGCAGACGACGACGUGAGGGGCGAGCUCAGGCGCGCCAUGCUCGCGCAGAAAGUGGACCCGCAACGCACGUGCGGCUUCUGGUACGGAGAUGUGCCGGAGCACGCAAGACAUUGCAAACGCCGCCGCAACGGCUCGGCCAAUCAGUCGAGCGAGGAAACGCCCAACAGCGGCACAGCGGCACAGGAGCAAGGCGACCCCAUGCAGGAAUCCACGGCGAGCCUUGGAGGUGCUUCGCAGCGCACGGCGCAGAGUGACCUGUGCUGCGGCGUGGGUCGGCCCGCCGAGCCCGGCGAGAAGGUGCUCUACCACUUCCACGGAGGAGCGUACUGGAUCGGUACCGCGCACGAGAAAGACGUCACGGCGGCGGUCAACACCGAGAGCCUGAGGUACAUGGCAGAGAUCUACAAGAAGCGCGAGGCGGAGCAGAAGAAAAAGUCGAACAGCAGCGGCGCCUCGACCUCGCCUGGAUCCGAGUCGCAAUCGGGUGCAUCCGCUUCGGCGUUCGACGGCAAGCUGCUGCGGUCGUUCAGUCUGGACUACCGACUGUGCGUGCCCGGUCGUCCUCGCUCGGGCUCGUAUCCUGCAGCGCUUCUGGACGCGCUCAGCGGCUACCUGUACCUCGUGCGUGAUCUCGGCUUCGAUCCCGAAAACGUCAUCAUUGCUGGCGACAGUGCGGGCGGCAACCUGGCGCUGGCGCUGUGCCGGUACCUGCGCGACGAGCGCGGCGAGGUGGCGUCGAUGCCUGGUGCGCUGCUGCUCAUGUCGCCAUGGGUCGACAUCUCGCGCUCGCACUCGGGCCCGACGCGCGCGCCCAACCUCGACUCGACAGUGUACACCAACCAGAAGUCGGACAUCAUCAGCAGCAUGCUCGCCUUCCGCAACACGGCGGUCUCGGCGUUCCUGGGCGAUCUGCCCGCGCGCGAGACGUAUCGCAAUCCGUACAUGUCGCCCGUUUCGCUGCAGCUGCCGCUCGAGCGCGGUGGGAGUGCACCGCACUACGGAUUCCACGGCUUCCCCAAGCGCAUCUACAUCACGAGCGGAUCGGCCGAAAUCUCGUACGAUCAGCAUCUGACGCUGGCGCACCGGCUGGCAGCGGGCACCAAGAAGGGCCGACCGGUGUAUGCGGGCGACCGGCUGUCGGCGGGAUGCAAUGCGGUCGAGAUGGCCGAACGCAGGGAUCGUCCGAGGCCCAAGGAGAUGCUGGAUGUCGAGCAGGAUGCCAUCACCAACACGCCGCUAGACGAGCUGCACGGCUUGCACCUUCAGCCACUGACCAGCGACGACGCAGCGCAAAAGCCGCAGUCACCAGCAGCGGGGGACAAGAAGCGGUUCGCAGCAUCGCCGCCGCCCGAGCCAGAGGGCAAGGAGGAGCGCGUGGUGAUCUUUGACGAGGUCAAGGACGCGGUGCACGACUACCUGCUCUUCAAGUGGUUUGAGCCCGAACGCUCCAACACGUGGCGCCGCGUGGCAAAGUGGAUCGACGAGGCGUGA